UAAAAACCUUUUUCUUAGUAAAUAUUAUACGACAGGUAAAUACACAAAUAAAAAAUUCAAAUAUUCAAAGGAUUUACUUAAAAAAAGACAUCUUAUUAAUUGUUGUUCACAUUUCCUUCCUCAAUAUGGCUGGUUCAAUAGACAUUAAACCUGUGAAUGUAUCUGGUCGAACAAUAUCAUUGUAUCGUAAUGGAUUCAGUAGCCCAUCACAACUUUGUAGUCCUGCACCAGUUCGUUCAGGUAAAACUCCAAUCUCACCUGAUCCAAUAUCAGAAACAUGUUCGCCCGUAAGUCCUGAGUGUAGUGAUGAAGAGAAUCGUCGGUUUGUUAUAGGAGAUAUAAAUAUUUUACGACGACGUCACAGUAAACGUAGACCUCACUUAAAUGUUCAAUCUACUAACUGUAAUACUACCAUUACUACUACUUCUGAGUUAUUGAAUAACUCAUCGAGUUGUGAACGUGCAGAAAAUUCACAAAGGUCAAUCAGGCAUUCAAAUUCAUUAAAUGUGGAAUUUGUAUAUCGUAAAGAAUGUGAUCUUUCUAAUGGACGUUUACCUCGAUUUAUUCGAAUUGAACAAGAUAAAGAAGAUGACGAAUUUCUAUCACGUAUGCAUGCCAGACCAUUAAGCAUUGCUGUGGAUUCUAUUUCACAACUUGAUCUAUAUACAGCGAAACUUACAGAUGACUAUUCCACAAAUACACUUCGACCAUCCUCAACGUUUUACACUGAUGAUAGUGAAUAUGACCACGAAAAACAGACUACUUCUUUAGGUGAGAGCAAAAUAUCGUAUUCUAAUAACAUCAGUAAUAAUGAUUCUCCUAAUUUACAUACUGAAACAAACGAGAUCAUAUUUGUCAAAUCAAAUCGAAUAUCAUCUUCAGAGGUGAGCUAAAAGAAACUCAAAAACUUGAUACUAGUAAUAAACCAAACAUUAAAUUUCACUAUAAAUGCUAAUAUCAUCAUUCUAUGUUUAACUACAAAACGAGCAUUUCAAAAUUUCUGCUUAUGUAAUUUUUAACCAAUUUCUUAUAACCUAUCAUCCUUGUUACCUACUAAUACAUGGCCUAUGUUAAUGAUUAUUUUCUACUUUCUUUGUUAAAACUAAUGAAUAACAAAACCGUUCAGUUGAAUUCCGUUCUCCUACUUAAUUGGCAAAAAAAUAUAUCUUUGUUUACCACAUUCAUCUGAGUUUGAACACUUAUGUGUGUCCGUUUACAUGUAUAUAUGUUUAUUUUGCCAUUUGUAAGUGUUGCAUAUAUUCAACUUACAUUAUCUGGUAAUCUUCACUUUUACUCUUAAAAUUAGCUUCAUAUUGUCAUUAUUUUCUUUAUAGUUAAACUCAGCAAAUUUCAUGCUAAUGUACUUGUAAACACCAUCGUAUAGUGCUAUCACUCGUGUCCGUGUGCGUGUGUACUUUAAGAGCUACUGUGAGCUAACUAACGAGGAGAUUGAAGUUUUGGAAUUUAUAUGUUUCAUUAUGUUAGCUGUAUAUGACAUCGGCAAUGAUAUUAUUUUUAACAAACAGCUGUAUCGUGUGCAUCAGUUCGUAAGAAGAAGCUGAUAUUUUAUGACCGUGUUUUUUUGUCUUAUCAAUGUUCAUUUGUACUGUCACGAUGAUUAACAUCAUUGAUGUAAUAUUUUCAGGUCAUGUAUUUUUUUCUCCAAAAUAUUAUGUCUUGUGUUUUCUUUGGGUUUUCGUUCUAAUCUUCAUUCCUUUGUGUAAACAUGCUUUAUCCAAUACAUGCCAUUCAGCACGAUUAUAUAAUGGUAGUAUAUCACUGGUGGGCUUAAAAAUAUGUCUGUUCUUUGUCGAG